UGUUCGUUUUAUUCUCCAUCUUCAGUUAGGGUUUCUCAGGAGUUGAGUGCUUAUCAAUCGAAAAGAGAAUUGUUACGAUAAGCACUGAGAAAAAAAAAAAUGGGAAGAGAAAGAGAGGCUCAGAAACCACAACAGGUUUCGUAUACCGUUGAGCAGCUGAUCGCUGUCAAUCCGUACAACCCGGACAUCCUUCCUGAUCUUGAGAACUACGUUAACGAGCAGGUUUCAUCACAAACAUACAGUCUGGAUGCAAAUCUUUGCCUUCUUCGCCUCUAUCAGUUUGAGCCAGAACGAAUGAGUACUCAAAUUGUUGCUCGCAUCUUGGUUAAGGCUCUCAUGGCAAUGCCAGCUCCAGAUUUCAGCCUCUGUCUUUUCCUAAUUCCAGAACGAGUGCAAAUGGAGGAGCAGUUCAAGACACUUAUUGUGCUCUCUCACUAUCUGGAGACAGGAAGAUUCCGUCAGUUUUGGGAUGAAGCAGCUAAGAGUCGCCAUAUAGUUGAAUCUGUUCCAGGUUUUGAGCAAGCAAUCCAAUCCUAUGCAAUUCAUGUUCUAUCCUUGACCUAUCAAAAGGUUCCCAGGGCCGUGCUUGCUGAGGCUAUCAACAUUGAAGGUCUAGCCUUAGACAAAUUCCUAGAGCAUCAGGAGGCCAAUUGUGACUGGAUUCUUGAGAAGGGUCAUGGGAGGGGUCAACUUAUCGUCCUGCCUCGCAAUGAAUUUAAUCAUCCAGAGCUUAAGAAAAACACAGCUGAUAGCAUCCCAUUUGAGCACAUUACUCGCAUCUUUCCCAUUCUUGGCUGAGUUUCCUUAGAUUCCGGAAAUUUUUAGCUGUGAUUUAAGCAGAUGGUCAUUGUCAGUAUAAGAUGUAUUGCAGUUCCACCGUUGGCAUUCUUGCUUGGUGAUUGCUUAAUUUUGCACUCCCUUGUUUUGCUAUUUUGUUGAAAACGAAGGCCAAGUUAUUUUUAUUUCUCAUCAAAGAGUAUAAUAUUAAAUUCUCUGUUUUGUUUCCGCUUGAA